UGGAUGAGGUCAUCCGGGUAAACAGAAAAGAUGGCGGCUUGUGUCGCCGGAGAGAGGUUGUCGAGUCCGACUGGGACUGGGAGCGAAGCCGGCCAAGCGAGUCGCGCCCGUCGUGCGGAGAAGUUGACUGAUUUACCAACCGAGUUGUUGGAACACAUCUUGUGCUUCCCAGUGCUCGAGCACGUCGACAUUUGUAAUGUGUCCUGCUGCUGCCUCCGACUGCGCGACGUUUGCCACAGCAGAGGGAAGGUGUGGGGGCACCAAUAUAAACUCAGGUGGCCGCGGCUGCAGAGGUUUUACCCGCAGAACGAGAGCUGCGACUGGCUCCGCGAGUACAAAACGCGCCACUGGGUGGGCAUCCAAAUCCGAAGGACGGUGGAAUCCAUCUCGAAACGCUUCUUCAUGGAAGUGCCAUGCAUCGGCCAAGUGUUGGGUGACAGUUUCACUGAAAUCGAGUCGCUGGGUAUGCCCAUGCAUUUCUGCGAAGAUGAGCUACUUUUUAUCCUCAGCACAGAUAAGAGGAAAAGUCUGACAUUGAAGUACUAUGCAAAAAAGAUCCUUUACUUCCUGAGGCAACAGAACAUCCUGCGCGCUCUUAAGAGCUUCCUCGAGCAACCACCUGAACAGCAGUCUGCAAUCGCGGGUGCAGUCCUGGUGGACCAGUACUGUAAUCCGCUGGCAGAAGUCACGCUGGACGGAAUAUCAGCGCAGCUGGAUGACAUUGUAGAGAAAGUCAAGAAGACCUUACGGGUGAAAAAUCCAUCCCACCCCAGCCUCCGCGUGGCUCCAGGUGGCGAGCGUAUCCGGCUGGACGAUUUUGAGCUCCAGCGGCAGGUCUUCUGCGCCCUCAACGCUGUCUUGUAUGAGCAGUUGCAGUACAAGGGUGACCAGCUGGAUUACUACAACCCCUUCAACUCCUACAUACACCAGGUACUGCUUCGUCGCAAGGGCAUCCCCAUAAGCCUCUCGGUUGUCUACAUGACGCUUGCUCAAAGGUUGGGUGUCAAGUUGGAGCCGGUCAACUUCCCCAGCCACUUCUUGCUGCGCUGGUGCCAAAAAGAACGAGGGAGCGAUGACAUCUACGACUACGUGUACAUUGACGCAUUUGGUAAAGGCAAGCAGAUGACGGCCAAAGAGUGCGAGUACCUCAUCGGGCACCAGGCCAGCGCUGACUUUUACGGUGGCAUCGGCACCACCGAGAUGUUGCUCCGGAUGGUGGGAAACCUGCUCAACAUCGGGAAAAGAGGGGAAGGCAAAGAGAAGUCCUACCAGCUCCUUAGAAACACGCUGGACCUUUUCCUCACCAUCAACCCGGACAACGUUUCUUACCUUCUGCUGCAAGCCAGACUAUACUUCCACCUUGGCAUCUGGCCAGAGAAGGUACGUGCGUGCGCACACGUACAUACCUACACACCAUCUCGCACUCAUCUCCAGUACAAAGUGUGUUCCUUCGGGCAGGUUCUGGACAUACUGCAGCACAUCCAGGCAUUGGACCCGUCUCAACACGGAUCAGUGGUCUACCUGGUUCAGCACACGCUGGAGCACAUACAGCACAAGAAGCAGCCUACCACCCCCGAGGUGAAGCGGCGCGGGACGGCCGACCACCUGGAAGUCCGGUACUCUGUGGGCCUUGUCAUGAAACACAAGAGGUCGGGUUACAACUGCGUCAUAUAUGGCUGGGAUCCCAAGUGCACCAUGAGCCAGGAGUGGAUCACCACCAUGAGGGUCCACCAGCUGCCCGAUGGCGCCGAGCAGCCUUUCUACAAUGUCUUGGUGCAGGAUGGCACUUGUCGAUACGCCGCACAAGAAAACCUGGAGCCCCAUUCGGACCCCCUGGAGAUUGGGCACCCCGAGGUGGGCCGCUACUUCUCUGAGUUCGCCCACACAUACUAUGUGGCCAACGACGAGCUCAGGACCCGUUACCCAGACGACUCGGAACACACGGACGAAGUGGCACGCGACCUCUACCCACGACCGCCCUUGCCCUCGCCCAUGUAGCAACAACAUUUUACAUCAGUUCACAUCCAACACAAAGAAGAAAACUCAUUGAGUUAGUAACACCCAAGGGUCACUUCAUUAAGUACACCUGCAAGGCUAACGACUUAAAAAAAAAAAAUUUUCAGGUAUUCGUUCACAAUAUGGUUACUCUUCUGGUUGUGAAGGCACCAAUGCUAUUUUGACACUCUCAUGUAGCCAAAUAAGACAGCCUAAUGUUAAAUGUUAGGAAUUAGGAAUUUUCUUUUUUUCUAUUUUUUUCUUAACCUGUUUUAUUCAGCUGCUUGACACAGAGAAUGGACAUCUGAGUGUCCAAUUAGUCUGAACAGUUUUUAUGUCUCAUUCAACGUACCUCGUUUAUUAGGAGAAAGCAGCGAACAGGAAGGGGUUGCGGGGGAACAGAAGAAAAGAAGGGGAGAGAGACAAAAGAAGCACAAACAACAACAAGAAAUACAUUGAACGCCUACACUAACUAUGAAUAUGUUGGUGGUAUCGUGACCUAGUUGUAUUUCCAGUUGACACCUAACUAUGAAUAUGUUGGUGGUAUCGUGACCUAGUUGUAUUUCCAGUUGACACCAUGUGGGGGGCCUGAUGACCAAAGAGACAGGAGGGGAGAGGGGCGUGUCUGAAAAGUGAUUUGGAGGGGUGGAGUGUACACAAGUCAGCCAUGUGGUUUAGAACCCAGUAUUGGUGUGAAUCCCUUGUGAGUGUGAGUAUGUUAGCAUCCUAUUCUAUGCUGUCUCAUCGCUAAUCCUGACACCGAGGUUUUCGACUUGAGUGUGUAUAAUUGCACCUAGUCAUUCGCGAAUCCCAUUAGACAUGUGAUAGUCCCGCAGACUAUCCAUCCAGGGUGGUCUCCCGGGCCAUCCGUGCCCCCAUCAACCGGCCUUCACGGAUGGUAUAAGGGGACGCAACCAACCGCUGCCCGGGCACCCACCCCGCACCCCUGGACAGGCGCCACACCGAGCUCCGGAGAGCAGGGGAUUUUUCAACUGUGUGGGAGAAUUAUCAAAAUUUCACGCAAAAAAACAAAAUUUGUCUAUAGUACAUUGCAUCACAUGUUUAAUUCAAUAUUUUGUGAGUGUGGAAAGGCAGUUAUACUCUUCUUAUUGUUUUCAAAACUUUCCAUUUGAUCCUUUUCUGCAAGUAAUCAGGUAGGUAUGCUUGUUCACGAAAUGCAUUGGGGAAAAAAACUUAAGUAGUUCUGUCGUAAUUUAAAAAUAUACAGCAUUAAAAACCUCUAAUACUGAUGAUACUAUUGAGUAAAUGCAGGUGUACUUAAUAAAGUGUCCUCACAGUGUAGAGCUUGAACGUCAAAAGAUAAUAGUGUUAUAAACAAAUGACAAAAAAGACAGUAAAUUCCAGGUGCUGUCAUUCAUGUUAACAAAAUUCAAAGGAAUGCUCUUGGGAAAUUAAACAUCCCAAUUGUUUGCCAAAAGACUUUUUCAUGCACAUUUUUAUCUGUGACAUCAUCUGCCCAGCAGGAAUACACAAUAAAAACAAGGAAAGACAAAAUGGUACUUGAUGUGAAAAACCCUUUGAGAUUUUGUUUGUCCAAUAAAUUUGAACUGGAAGGAGUGGCAGUGAAUGAUCAUGUUAGGUAGGUUAAGUAAUUGAAAGCGAUGGACAUGUAAUCCAUCUCAACUGGGAGGGUCAAAUGGAUUGGACCGUCAAUGACAGUGAGUUAAAUGCAAAUUUAUUGUAAAAUAUUUAUUAUCUAGGGUUGCCAACUCCCUGAAAAAAAAGGGACACCUCAUUGGUAGAGCAGGCCGGCCAGUAACCACCACGCUUUUGAUUUUUUUUGUAUGUGAAGUGAUUUGUAUAUUAUAAUAAUUUCACUCAAAAUGGAAUUAGGUAUAAAUUUGGGUGAUAUAAGCACAUGAAAAACAAUCAUUAUCAGUACAUCUCCCACACUCAUAAUCCUGACCAGAGGUGGGUAGUAACGCGUUACAUGUACUGCGUUACAUUUACUUGGGUAACCUCUUGAGAAAAAUGUACCGUACUUCUAAGAGUACUUUUACAAAGCUAUUUUUUUUUUACUUUUACUUGAGUAGAUUUGAGAAGAAAAAACGCUACUCUUACUUCGCUACUUUGGGUUACACAAAAGUCAUUACAUUUUUCCUCUGUAUUCUAUACAUUCAUUUUUUUCGUAGCCAGCGAUGCCAAGAGUAGCUCUACCGAUUUCACCAAUGAGAUGUCGCAACAAUAAUCACAUGAUUCCAUUAUACCAAUCAGACAAAAGCUUGCCGUUCUAUGAUCACGCCAGCCUGUUCAAUCACGUGGCAUCUUUAUAGCACCGUAAAAAAUGAAGUGUUUGAUAUAGAGCGCUGACUGCGCUCAACAUGACUCGAAAGCGAAAAUUUUUACCUCUCUUCCAGUUUUUAUUUGGCAACGAUUGACCAUGGAAAACCGGAGAUAUGAUCCUUUUAAUUUCAAAAUAGUAAUUAAGGAACUCUUCACUAUUCAAACUAGGACCUAUUGUCUCCACCAGAGGGCACUAAUGCUCUUUGGAUGAAUAAUGCUUCAUUUAUGUAAUUUUUUUUUUUCUCU